CCUGACAAUGAUAUUAGUCUUUCCCGGAUGACUGCUCGAGAAGUACAACACCGUCCGGAGAGGAGUUUCUGAAGCUAGUUUCAAGGAUAGCAGAGAAAGACAUUUUUACCAGAAUAAUCGCCAUUGUCCGCCAGCAGCAACACCGAUUCCUACGCACGCGGUGUCUCGAGGACUUUUACUCUACUGAACGACUCAGAGUCGACCUGGGUCCCGGGGCCACCCGAGCGUGGCGAGUUUCGAAGGGUGCAUCGUCGUCGCGUCAUGCUAGGCAGCAUGAAGCCAUCAGCCACACAGUUACCCCGGUCGCUUUCUCGGUACUGCCUAAUGCUGCUGUUCUGGCAGGGGAUUUUCUGGACAAGAAUCAGCACAACCGCGUCACCCCUGGCCCUGGACCUGCGUGUGACAGCUUGGCAGCCAGCACGGGAAGGAUUCCCUCAAGAUUUGAUUAAGCUACCUGACAUUGCCGUAAGAAACACCUCUAGGAAGGUAGGGGUUGGACAUGGCAGCUCAGAAUCAUGGAAUGUGUCAUCCCCGGAGGAACACACAGACCGCAAUGAUGCGCUCAUCAUCGGUCCUGAUAAUAUGCUGGCAAGUAACUUGAGCCGGGUGAAGUUAGUUGACACCGCGGAUGUUGAUCACAGCGACACAAUGAAGCCUACUGCUGCUGCGAACCAAGUGCGACGAGUGCCAUCGGAAAGCCUGCCGGGGCUGAGAGUUUCGCCAUCAGCAGUUCCUCGACCACCUGCUGUCCUUGAACAUAGCAAGAACACAUCGUUUCGGGGAAUACUGGACACGUCUAUUGUAGACCAUGGGAAAACAAGAGAUAACAUGUCCUGGUUGGGCCUGGCAGGCGGUGGAGUCUGCUUUCUACUGAUGGCCAGUGUGAUUGCCAUUCUUCUUGUCAAUAAACUAAGGACAACACAUGGACAGAAGACAAUGACCCAGCGGGAGGAACUGGCUAAACUCAGCCCUUAUGGAGGCGCUCAUGGUCUGCACCCUCCAGUGUAUUCCCUCCCUGGUCUGGUACACACCACUCCUAGCCCAGCUCUGUUUGAAUCCAGCCACAGUGCGGUCGUGCAACCCAUGAGCAUUCCGAGAGAAGGGCUCGUUCUGGCUGAAACCCGGCAACUGAACAGUUCUGACUCUGGAUACCAUAGCAACAAUGAAGGCACAGAGCCUUCGCCAAUGGCUGGCAGCGCCUUGCCGUUUUCAAAUACCGGAAUGGCCCUCAACAAAGUCGUUUCCAUGUCACACAUUCAGAAUGACUCCCCGGUCAUAGAUGGUCGAUGUGUGAGUCAAACACCAACCAUUGCCCCUGCUAUGAAUCAGGCCGAGCUUGUCAAUGGUUCCUGUGACAGCUCUAGCUUCUCUAGCAGCUCCAGGAUGCGCCUAGCAUCUUUCAGCACAUCCGUGACCAGUUUGGGAUCAAUGUCAUCUCGUUUGUCUUCCGCCGAUAUCCAGUCCCAGGCCCUCGCAUUCGUACGGGAACACUGCAACUUGUUCGACGGUCCUCGUCUGGUGGAUGUCAUCAACACUGACGACCUGUCCAGGGGAGAACACCACAUGCUGCAUUACUCCGGUUGCCACUUCCAGCGUGAUCCCAUGCCUUCCAUCGAGUCGUUAUUUUACGACUCGCAUCUCGCCUUUGCCACCGUGACGAACGAGGGCUUGGCACCGUGGACGGCGCAUCAGUGCAGUGACAUCAUUGCAGUAGCGAACCUCUGUGGGCCCGUGAUGCAGUCCAUCAUUUUGACGUUUGACUUGCACCACAAGGUGAAAGUGACCGGCGGUCAAACCAACCUGGUGAUCAUGAACUUUGAUCACGAACAGGAACACUGGGUCGUAAUGAAGCACGUACUCACUGCUGACGUGUCGUCAGAUGGCUGGGAGGCUUCGACCAGAGUCACCACACAUGGACUGUAUGUUGUCAUGGAAACGGAGUGUGACGACUCCACCAUCCUGGGUUGCGCAGUGCCAACAGUCGAGACGGCACGCAUCUUUGCACAUGGCGGUACCGAGGGUAACGACAACGGAACGCAUGCAACAACCAGACCGAUAGAGGAUAGUAACCCGUCGUCCAGCCUGGCAAUGCAGCGAGCAUCACUCAGAGCAACACGAUUGCACGGCAAUCUUGGUCAUGACGAUGAGGAUGACGAUGACGACCCUUGGAGAAAUCGCUACAAGAACAGUGUGGCCGGAGAACCAGAGGUCACUUGGCCACGCAACGCGCUGUUUACUAUGCACACUCUGAAGCACCGUGAAGCAGGUGGUGAGGUGUUGGUCAUGUACCGUAUGACACUCUUGCACGGCAGAUACCGGCCAGAUCAUUAUCAACUCCGUCGUAUACGUGCAGAGAUGGAUGCACGGCACUUCAGCACAGAAAUGAAGAACAUCGCACAAGUUCAGAACCUACAGCAGGAUCAUCUCAUUGAGGUGGUAUUCAGUCAUCCGUGCCAGGGUGUUUCAAUACCAGAGCACUACUCAAGCAGGUGCAUUGCUGCAGCUGAUCUAGAAGCUAGUUCAGCAAGUGACUUCUACGUUCUCUUGGAGCUAAGCAAGGAGCCUGAAGAUGCUACAAUUUCCCUGCGGCUGAUCGUAAACAAGGUGACUGGCACAGGACUACGCCAGGGUGUUUCCGUCUACCCUUACGUAACGUUUCCGCUGCCACCUUGUCACGACGGUCCGGCAAACAGCCAGACCAAGGGUGAGGAUGAUGCAACUGGCAGAGCAGCUACUGCAAUAGUCAGUGAAGAGAAAGUGGUUGAACCGAUCGCAUCCACCGAUGACAAUGAGAGUAUCAUCAGCAUAUCAGUGCAUGGUCGUGUACAGCGGCGGUGCAUCAGUACAGCGACGUCAUGCGCAUCGAGCGUGCACACAGCAUUCAGUGUGGCCCGCGUGCAGCAGGCCGCGCACAUUGCAGGCAGCGGUGAGGCAGAGAAUGUGCCAGUGGAGGAGAGCCGCCAAGAAGCCAAUGCUGUUGCUAGCUCUACAGUAGCAGCACUAGUGGUGGCUAAACCAACAGCACAAUCGAUACAUCACACCGACCUGGCACACCAAGACCAGAUACGAUUGCGUGGCAACCAGACUCCUCGGCAUGAUCUGCCAGUGGACAUGCUAUAUCAAGGUGAGCAGCAGGGACAAGCAGCACACUACCAAGACAACACCUCACAACGUCAAGGACAGCAUCCAGCAGUUCAGCCCCAACAUAACCGCCAUCACCCACUACGCCAGUUUCCAGGCCAGGAGUAUCAACACGAACAACAGCUAUGUGAACCCCACUCUGGCCAACACGAACAACAGCUAUGUGAAUCCCACUCUGGCCAACAGCCUGUCAUUGAACAGAUACACGUUGCUGCAACGUUACCUUCAGCUGCUUCUCAACCUGUGCAGUGUUCGGAGAACAGUUCCGGGUACUUGUCUGCUGAUCACGACAGCGAUGACCUGGCAAGCAGCAAGAGUAGUGUUGGGAACGCACCGAUUGCCGGCUGUAGCGAUUCCGGUAGGCACGUAUUACACACAACCGGUGUAUUGCUUCAACCUGAACAUUCUCCCAGGAAUAGUGCUGCUUCUUCUGCUGCUUCUGCCUCAGACCCGGUGCGAGAAUCUGAGGUCUGAUCAGUGAACGGAAAUGCACAGCAUGGAUAGAUACUGGUAUAUGUACUUAGAGGCAGGCAUACAUACACUUCAGGCUCUUGAACAUUUUUUUAAGUUUUCACAAGUAUACUUGAAUCCAUUGUUCAUGUUCAUUUGAUUUUGCCUGUAUUUCAGCCUGAAGUGUGUCCCACUUCUAAGUAUAAUAACUGCAUUCCUAUCUCCAAGGAAACUAUUAUGUGUAGAUAACAAUUCAAAUUGUGCCCAACAGCAAAGAAGAAUUACUAGCCUUGGUAGAGUGGUGAUACAUGGACAUUGUCAUAUUCUCUUUAUUUUCACAUUGUUUUCGCAUCGUUUCCAUCGCUUGACAUUGUUUAUCAAAUUAAUUCAACGUCAUUUCAGCUAGUCCUCCUCCUACAUUCACGGCACCCAGCAUAACACAAGUAAGGUAAAGAAGACCAGAGUCUAAAGCUUUGAAGAAUGAAGUUGAAGACACUAAUGCA